UUGUCAACUGUCACUUUCACUUCCGUUUGUCGAGUCGCUAGCGUUUUUUCGUGUCGAAGAGAAGCCAGAAAAGAGAGUGUGCGGAAAGCGAGUAAAUUGUAAAUUUACCAUAAAUAUUCUUUAGUCAACGCACUUGCUAGAGAUACGUAAAGAACCUAAUCAUGGUAGGAUCUCGAGUGUAUGUGGGCGGUCUGCCGUACGGCGUGCGCGAGCGCGAUUUGGAGCGCUUCUUCAAGGGUUACGGCCGUACCCGCGACAUUCUCAUCAAGAAUGGCUACGGAUUUGUGGAGUUCGAAGACUAUCGCGAUGCCGAUGAUGCCGUGUAUGAACUGAAUGGCAAAGAGCUGCUGGGCGAGCGCGUGGUUGUUGAACCCGCCAGGGGAACCGCUCGUGGCAGUAACCGCGACCGCUACGACGAUCGAUAUGGUGGUCGGCGGGGCGGGGGAGGCGGUCGCUACAACGACAAAAACAAAAAUUCCAGAUCAUCCUCUCGAUAUGGCCCACCAUUGCGCACUGAGUACCGCCUGAUUGUGGAGAAUUUGUCCAGUCGCGUUAGUUGGCAGGAUCUCAAGGAUUACAUGCGCCAGGCUGGCGAGGUCACCUAUGCCGAUGCCCACAAGCAGCGCCGCAAUGAAGGCGUGGUCGAGUUUGCCUCGUUGUCGGACAUGAAGACGGCCAUUGAGAAGCUGGAUGACACCGAGCUGAACGGCAGGCGCGUCCAUCUGGUUGAGGAUAGGCGUGGAGGACGCAGCGGUGGUGGCGGCGGAGGCGGAGGUGGACGCGGACGUUCCCGAUCGUCCAGCUCUCGUUCGCGAUCCCGCUCCCGCAGGCGCUCUCGUUCCCGUCGCUCGUCUCACUCGCGAUCCAAGUCGCGCAGCCGCUCCAAGUCCCGCGGCGGACGCUCCAAGUCCAAGUCGCCAGUCAAGUCCCGUUCUCGCUCCCGCUCGCGAUCCAACAAAUCGCGUGAUGUGUCCAAGUCCAAAUCGAAGUCCCACUCCCGCACCCGCUCCCGUUCUCCCAAGCGCGAGCGUGAAUCCCGUUCCCGCUCGCGUUCCGCUUCGAAGCGCGAGUCCCGCUCCCGCUCACGUUCCAAGUCUAACCGCCGCGAUUCCCGCUCACGCGAUCGAUCUGCAUCGGCUGACAACAAGUCGCGUUCGCGCUCACGCUCCCGUUCGGCCUCGCCCAAAAAUGGAAACGCCUCUCCGGAUCGCAAUAACGAGAGCAUGGACGAUUAGAUUAGUUAGCUGUCCCAUUAAUUUUAAAACACUUGAUUUUAGACUUCUACUAUAACUAUUCUACGAACAUCAACACUCAGACACCUUUACUUACCCUGCGCCACUUUACCAAAUUUAAUGAAAAUGAAAUCAUACAAAUCCACAAUCCGGCCUCGUCAUUUUUAAUCAUUUAACAAAUUUUGUUCCAAGUUUUGGACACUUGGAAAUCCCACAUGCUAGUGGGCCAUAUACCGAAAAAUUACUGGAUUGUCUAUACAUACGAUGAGUAAUUUCAAUAAAUACGGAUACAUUUAAAUUAAA